AUGCCUCGGAAGCAGCAGGCUGACUGCAUCGUUCUCUUCACAUUCCUGGGUCUGUCUGGGCUGGUUGGUGCAGUGACCAGAACAUACCACAUUGGGAUUGUGGAAGAAUACUGGAACUAUGUACCCCAAGGGAAGAACGUUGUUACUGGAGGAAGUUUUUCAGAAGACAAACUUGCAACCUUAUUUCUCGAAAGAGGGCCCAACAGGAUAGGUGGUCUUUACAAAAAGGCUGUUUACAGACAUUACACAGAUGAGACCUAUUCCACAGAGAUCCCCAAACCUCCCUGGCUUGGAUUCCUGGGCCCUAUUUUGAGGGCUGAAGUGGGUGAUGUGAUUGUCAUCCGUUUAAAGAACUUUGCUUCCCGACCAUACUCUUUGCAUCCACAUGGCGUUUUCUACAACAAAGAUUCAGAAGGAGCCCUAUACCCAGAUGGAACAUCUGGAAGGAAUAAGAAUGAUGAUAUGGUUCCUCCUGGCAAUAACUACACCUAUGUCUGGCCAGUGAGAGAAGAAUAUGCCCCUGCUCCAGCAGACGCCAACUGUCUGACCUGGGUGUACCAUUCACACAUUGACGCGCCUAAGGACAUCUGCUCUGGGUUAAUUGGCCCCCUGCUGGUGUGCAAGGAAGGUGUCCUGAAUAAGUAUUCCGGGACAAGGACAGAUGUGGACCGAGAAUUCAUUAUAAUGUUUACUCUGGUGGAUGAGAAUCAAAGCUGGUACCUUGAUGAAAAUAUCAGACAUUUCUGCACUGACCCUGAUUCAGUUGACAAAAAAGAUGCUGUUUUCCAGAGAAGUAACAAAAUGCAUGCCCUCAAUGGAUACCUCUUUGGAAACUUCCCUGAGCCUGAGAUGUGUGUUGGUGAAUCGGUGUCCUGGCACCUCUAUGGGAUGGGGAAUGAAAUAGACAUCCAUUCCAUCUAUUUUUAUGGCAACACCUUCAUCAGCAGAGGGCAUCGGACUGAUGUCAUCAACCUGUUCCCAGCCACCUUCCUGACAACAGAAAUGGUAGUCGAGAAUCCUGGGAAGUGGAUGAUAACUUGCCAAGUUAGUGAUCACCUACAAGCCGGCAUGCUGGGACAGUACAAUGUUGGUAACUGCAAAGGUGAUGUUCCUCACCCCAAAAUGAAGGGUCAGCAGAGGCGCUACUUUAUAGCAGCUGAAAAAGUUCUUUGGGAUUAUGCUCCUCAAGGCUAUAACAAAUUCAGUGGUCUUCCCCUAAAUGCUUCUGGCAGUGACUCCGAGCUCUACUUCACACAAGGGGACAACAGAAUUGGAGGAAAAUAUUGGAAGGCUCAGUAUAUGGAGUAUGUUGAUGCAACUUUUACUCGAAGAAAGAGACUCUCUGAGGCAGAAGCCCAUCUUGGAAUUCUUGGCCCCGUCAUCAGGGCAGAGGUGGGUGAUACUCUGCUAGUCACCUUUGCCAACAAAGCCGACAAAGUCUACAGCAUUUUGCCCCAUGGUGUGAUCUAUGACAAGGCCUCUGAUGCAGCCCCAAACAUAGAUGGAUUUCUGAAGCCAGGGGCUCAUGUGAAGCCAGGUGAAACCUUCACAUACAAGUGGACAGUGCCUGAGAGUGUAAGCCCGAUGGCCGGUGAUCCCCCCUGUCUGACCUAUCUUUACUUCUCAGCAGUGGAGCCCAUCCAGGAUACCAGCGCUGGUCUUGUGGGGCCCUUGCUAGUCUGUAAGAAGGGCGCUCUCAAUGCCAAUGGGACACAGAAAGGAAUAGACAAGGAAUUUUACCUACUGUUCACAGUCUUUGAUGAGAACUUGAGCAGGUAUUUUGACGAAAACAUUCGGAGGUUUACAUGGCACCCCUUCAGUAUUGACAAAGAAGACAAGGAUUUUGUGAAGUCCAACCGAAUGCAUGCUAUUAAUGGCUUUAUGUAUGGCAACCAGCCGGGCCUAAGCAUGUGCAAAAAGGAUAGAGUUUCCUGGCAUAUGAUUGGAAUGGGCACUGACACGGAUAUGCAUGGAGUUUAUUUUCAAGGGAACACCAUCCACCUACGAGGGACUCACCGAGACACCCUAGCCCUGUUUCCCCAUACCUCCACAACGGUGUUCAUGCAGCCGGACCAUGCAGGUAUUUUCAGGCUGUUUUGUUCCACCCUGCACCACUUCAUGAGAGGCAUGAAUCAGAUAUAUGAGGUCAACAGCUGUGGCAACAAGGACCCUUCUGAGCAGCCGUACGGGAUGAUAAGAACCUUUUACAUCGCCGCUGAAGAGGUAGAAUGGGAUUAUGCCCCUAACAAAAACUGGGAGUUCGAAAAGCAGCACUUGGACGCAGGAGGGGAAAGACACGGAGAUAUAUUUAUGAACCACACUGAAAACUGGAUUGGCUCUCAGUACAGGAAGGUGGUUUACAGAGAAUACACCGAUGGUGAAUUUGUGGAGAUCAAGGCCCGACCUCCACAAGAGAAGCAUCUGGAACUCCUGGGCCCGAUGGUUCAUGCUGAGGUGGGUGACUCCAUACUGAUCAUAUUUAAGAACAAAGCCAAGCGGCCCUACUCCAUCUCAGCCCAUGGUAUUGAAGACAUGGAGAGUGGGAAGCAACUCCAAGCGUCUGUCACAAAGCCAGGAGAAAUAAACACCUACAGGUGGAAUGUCCCUAAAAGGUCUGGUCCAGGACCAAAUGAUCCCAAUUGUAUUCCGUGGGUUUACUAUUCAACAGUAAACUUUGUGAAGGAUACCUAUAGCGGUUUGAUGGGUCCUCUGAUUAUUUGCAGAGAAGGAGUGUUGAAUGAGAAGGGAAGAAGAAGCGAUGUUGAUUAUGAAUUCGUUCUCUUGUUUUUGGUAUUUAAUGAGAAUGAAUCCUGGUAUCUGGAUGACAAUAUAAAGAAGUAUCUCAAUAAAGAUCCACGACAUUUUAGGCACACUGACGACUUUGAAGAGAGCAACAAAAUGCAUGCUAUCAAUGGAAAGAUUUUUGGGAAUCUCCAUGGCCUUAUCAUGAAUGAGGAUACGAUGACAAACUGGUAUCUCUUGGGAAUGGGAAGUGAAGUGGACAUACAUACCAUCCAUUAUCAUGCUGAGAGCUUUCUUUUCAAAAUAGAUAAAUCUUACCGAGAAGACGUGUAUGAUCUUUUUCCUGGGACAUUCCAAACCAUUGAACUGUUUGCAGAUCACCCAGGGACAUGGCUGUUACACUGUCAUGUGUCUGAUCACAUCCAUGCUGGCAUGGAGACAACGUACACAGUCCUUCGGAACAUAGACAACAGGAUCCCUUACUCCACCAAGUCUCCGUCUGGAGGAGCGUCCCGCCCAGCCACAGUGCCCUCCAAUGAAGAACCUGGCAAGGAGCAGCUCUAUUUCUUUGGGAAGAAUCUGGGUCCUAGGGCAGCCAAAGCAGCCUUGGUCAUCCUCUUCAUCACUGGACUCCUCCUCCUGAUCUCCACAGUAAUUCUCUCCAUCAGACUGCAGUCUGCAAGGAAGCAGGUUGCAUACCGGGAAGUCCAGUCCUGCGCACUCCCCACGGAUGCUCUGUGA